AUGCCGGUGAUUAGGAAUACUGCAGCUAGUCGGAGAGUUGAUACGGUAGCUGGUCAUCAGGACUUGGAGUCCUCACCAGACGUUGUGACAGGUACAUUGACAGUUUGUUCAUAUAGUGUUUACAUGUUGAUAGAUCCAGGGUUCAAUUUAUCAUAUGUCACUUCAUUUAUUGUGGGAAAAUUUGUUGUUUGUGCUCGUCAGACCAUAACAGAUCUUAUAGAGUUACAGAUGGUUGAUUUCGACGUCAUUAUGGAAGCAGAACCGCCGGCUUUUCAGUCUAUUCCUGUAGUUAAUGAGUUCCCAGACGAGCUUUUAGGCCUCCCACCAGAGCGAGAGAUUGACUUCGUUAGAGAUAUACUAUCGGGUACUCAGCCGAUAUCCAUCCCUCCUUCUAAAUGGCUCUGCGAGUUGAAGGGAUACAGCUCCGCAAAAGAGGAAAGCACCAUUCGAGAUUACUGGAGAUUGAGUCCUCAGAGGAUCCCUAUAGCUGAACCUGCUGGUAUGAAAUUGAGCAGCAGUUUGUUGAUUGAUCAUGCUUUUGGUAUCAAGCAUUUGGUUAGGAAUCUUUCAUUUGACUCCCCAAUUACUGAUGAACUGGUCUUUGUACUGAAUUUCUUGAGGCGUGUUUGCCAACUAUUAUUUCCAAUACUUAAAACCUUCAAUGUUCCUGUCUCUAGUUACGUUUACUUGCAGGUGCUAGCAGCCUUGGCCGAGACAAUGAAGAAAGGAACAAGUUUUGGUGCUCCAUGCCUCCUCGAAAAUACUCUGGCAGAGAUGGUUAUUUCUGCUGUUCCUAGUAUAGAAAUGGUUCGUUUCGUCAACUCUGGAACGGAGGCAUGCAUGGGGGUUCUACGGUUGGCUCGUGCUUUUACUGGCCGGUCAAAGAUUGUAAAGUUUGAGGGUUGCUACCAUGGUCAUGCCGAUCCAUUUCUUGUUAAAGCAGGCAGUGGAGUUGCCACUCUAGGACUCCCCGACUCCCCUGGAGUUCCCAAGGCGGCUACGCAUGAUACUCUGACAGCCCCCUACAAUGAUAUUUCUGCUGUUAAGAGCCUCUUUGAUGACAACAAAGGAGAAAUUGCAGCUAUAAUACUUGAGCCUGUUGUUGGGAAUUCUGGCUUUAUUCCACCCAAACCAGAAUUUCUAGAUGCCCUUCGCAAUAUCACCAAAGAAACGGGUACUCUUCUUAUAUUUGAUGAAGUUAUGACAGGAUUUAGGUUGGCUUAUGGUGGCGCUCAGGAGUAUUUUGGAAUAACUCCUGAUUUGACUACACUUGGGAAGAUUAUCGGGGGUGGCUUGCCAGUAGGUGCAUAUGGAGGAAGGAGGGAUAUUAUGGAGAUGGUGGCACCAGCAGGACCGAUGUAUCAGGCUGGGACCCUAAGCGGAAACCCAUUAGCCAUGACUGCUGGUAUUCACACACUUAAGCGGUUAAAGCUACCGGGAGCAUAUGAACACUUGGACAGCAUCACUAGUGAACUUACUCAGGGAAUAUUGGAUGCUGGGAAGAAGACUGGUCAUGCAAUGUGUGGUGGGUAUAUAAGUGGAAUGUUCGGCUUCUUUUUCACGGAUGGACCAGUUUAUAACUUUUCAGAUGCAAAGAAGAGUGAUACUGCUAAAUUUGCCAAAUUUUAUAGAGGGAUGCUGGAGGAAGGUGUAUAUUUCGCACCAUCCCAGUUCGAGGCUGGAUUUACUAGCUUAGCACAUACUGCAGAGGAUAUCCAACGGACAAUAGCCGCUGCUGAAAAAGUUUUGAGUCAACUUUAAUUGCUCCAAGUACCGUGGUUUUGUACACUAGGCGGAGAUAUUCCCUUUAAGGUUCUCUCUUUUUGUGUGAUUAAAACACAUUUGUAACCAAAAAGUUUUGUAAUAUCUUGUUAAUUGAGAAA